AUGAAGACUCAAAACCGGAUGUGUGCUGUCGGUGAUGGAUUCCCAAUUCGCAAAAGAGAACUUCGAAAUCUCAAUAGAAUGAAAGUUAAGGAUGAGAUGAAAUUGGAUUUGCAUUUGAUAUCGAGCGAUUCAAGCAGUAAUCGAUCAAGAUUUAAGUUGUAUCCAAUUGAGGAAGUAACCGAAGAAAGCAGUAAUUCACAAACAAGUACAAGACGAUUAAGAACAGAACGAGAUGCUGAAAUUCAACAAAUUAUUGAAGAUAAUAAGAGGCUUGGCAUGAAUCGACCAAGAAGCUCAAACAGAAGAAAUAUAACAGCUAAUGAUUUACAGGCUUGGAAGUCUGACACCUUCAAUCCCUCAAAGGAAUCAGUCAUGGCAUCUGUUUUCGCAGAAAAUCAAGAAGAGGAAAGGAAUAGUGAGAAGAUAUCAGCAGAUUUUGAUGCUGACAAAAAGAUAUCGGAACUGAAUGCUCAUGUAAAUGAUAUAGUGUCAUACAAACAUAGCCAAAUUCAACAAAUUGUUGCCACUUCCUCUUCCCAGUAUCACAAGUUCAUGUUAAGGAAGAACAAAUCAAGUUCUCUCCAACCAAUCUUAAUCAAUCAAGCAACAUCAACAACAAAAAUGAUCCGUACCAAAAAGACAACCUCGUGCUUUGGCAAACUUUUUUGUCCAUUUUGGAAAUCCCGGCGCUAA